CGGUCGUGCUGCGUCACCAUGAAAACAAGGCAAGGACUGCAUAGCAACUAGCACGGCUGAGGAAAAAAAAAAAAAAGUCAGUGACGGGAUGGACUUUUAAAACCUCGUUUGUGUGUAAAUGACAGCAUGUGUAACGUGUACGAUUCCACUUCCGAGCGACUGCCUCAUUUACUUGGGUAAAUAAAGAAGGGGCGAAGGCAGCCCAACGAGGCCGGACGUACCGAAGCGGCCUCGGCGUUGCGUGCUGUGAAAAGCCGCCCAGAGGAGCAGUGAGUGCGGCGGCCGCAGGCCUGUGUGUGACUUCAACGGGUUCGCUUUUGGAGAGGCAGGCGCCGUGGGACAAGGGGGUGACAGGUGCCCAGCCGGAGACACGGGGAGCAGGAUAGGGAAGCAGGGUGGAGCGGGCGCCGCAGGGUUGGCGGAGAAGAUGGCAGGCAGCCCCGAAAAGAGUGCUUCUGCCCAAGAGCUGAAAGAGCAAGGCAAUCGACUCUUCCUCAGCCGCAAGUACCAGGAGGCCGCGGUGUGCUACAGUAAAGCCAUUAAUCGAAACCCCUCAGUGGCAGUGUACUACACCAACCGAGCACUCUGUUAUGUGAAACUGCAGCAGUAUGACAAGGCCUUGGCUGACUGUAAGCAUGCUUUGGAGCUGGACAGCCAGUCGGUAAAGGCGCACUUCUUCCUGGGUCAGUGCCAUUUGGAGCUGGAGAACUACGACGAGGCGAUUGGCAACCUGCAGAGAGCGUACAAUCUGGCAAAAGAGCAGCGGCUGAAUUUCGGAGAUGACAUCCCAAGUGCUCUCAGAAUAGCCAAGAAGAAACGCUGGAACAGCAUUGAGGAGAAACGCAUCAAUCAGGAAAAUGAGCUGCAUGCCUAUCUCACCAAGCUCAUUCUGGCAGAGAAGGAGAGGGAGCUUGAAAAGUACAGGGAAAAACAAGAGGAAAGCUUGGAAGACAACAGGAGCAGGAAUGAGAUAGCCAAGAUUCAGUCAAAACACGACAAGUACCUGUCCGAUAUGGACGAGCUCUUCUCUCAGGUGGAUGAGAAAAGAAAGAAACGUGAAAUCCCGGACUACCUCUGUGGAAAGAUUAGCUUUGAACUGAUGAGAGAACCAUGCAUCACGCCCAGUGGAAUCACCUACGACCGCAAAGACAUCGAGGAGCAUUUACAGCGGGUUGGACACUUUGACCCCGUUACCCGGAGUCCUCUGACUCAAGACCAGCUGAUUCCCAACCUGGCCAUGAAGGAGGUGAUAGAUGCCUUUAUUCUGGAGAAUGGCUGGGUGGAGGACUACUGAGCCCCUAAGCCGCCACCCUAAGGAGAGGAGAUAGAGGAAGAGAAAAAGAACAAAAGAAGCCCAGGAGCAGAAACACUGCAGUAUGCCCUCCUGAGUUUGCACUUUAAAGACAUACGCAGUACAGUAGACUGCCAAUGGGGAGUGAAGAGGUCCCGCUAACCUCCACCCAGACUCUCGUUUUUACAUUCUUUUUCCUCUCUGCUCCACAGGCCUUGUCCAUCCUCUUCAAUUAUAAGUGUUCCCCCAUCCCCAUUGUGUGUUACCUGUUCAUCCAUCCCAUUAAAGUACAAAUUUGCCCCCGCCAUGGUCCUUCUACACACAUAUGCCACUGUACUGCCUCCUAUAUUUAAUUUUUCCAUUGCCUUCGUUGUCAAGGUUAAUCUAAUAACGUACCAGUCCCUCUCUGUUGGUGCUCUUCGGGUUUUUGCGUAUGGCGACAAUUCUGAUAACUUUAAAAUACCAAAAAGAAUUUCACAAUCAUAUGAAAAUGUUUAAAGUUCAUAAAGAAAGUUUACUCAUUGCAGAGG